AUGCAGGUUCCAGUCUCCAAUUUAAGAGCUGCAAUGAAUGGGCUUCAGGCUCGGACCUUUGGCGUCUGGACCCUGCUGUCGUCAGUGAUCCGUUGUCUUUGCGCCAUCGACAUUCGCAACAGGACCCUCUAUUACAUCACACUCUUCACCUUCUUUUUGGCACUUGUUCACUUCCUCUCCGAGGUCUUCAUUUACCACACUGCAGCCUUGACAAUUGGAGUUAUGGCACCCCUCAUGGUAGCAAGUUUCUCUAUUAUGGGGAUGUUGAUUGGGCUGCAGUACCUGGAGGUAGAAGCACUGUCACAAAAUAAGAAGAAAAACUGAAGCUGAAGACCCUGUGUAGGCAACAUUUCAACUGACUGAUUUCAAAGUCCAAGUCCCAGAGGAGUUUGGGUCAAAGCUUGUGGGGGACAGUUGGUGACUGCCUCCCUGGAGGAUAGCAGGUGAUGUCUCAGGCAUGCCCAGUGCACCAAGGACUUCUCUCCCUGUGUACCUGUGGGGAGGAGGUGUAGAGCUACCCAGAAUCCACUGCACACUUCAAACCAGAAAGAGAGAAUGAACAUGUGCUGCCCCUGGCACUGCUGUGUAACUUGCAUGUGUGUGUUCCUAAGGGGCCAUUUCUAAUAAAUGACAGAAAACUGCAGGGUGCUCUGUCUGUCUUUAUGCUACACAGCAGCAGGUGGAGGAUGUACAACCUCGAAGCAAACAGUAGUUUCUACUGUAUGUUGCAGGAUAAAUCAUCUCUCUUUACAGCAAACUCACCUUUCCCUGACUCCUUCCCACAAAGUUCCAUGUCUGACUGCUCACGCACACAGAGAAUUGUUGCACCUCUUGCUUCUGCAGCAUACUGGUGACAGCAAACUGCAUGCACCUGUGAGCAAGGAUGGAGCUAUCUUUGCAGUGAGCUAUAACUACAGAAGACUAAGAAAACAGGAACAGGUUUCUCAGACCUAGGUGAAAUAAUGCCCAAAGCAGAUGGACAGUGCAGAGAAGGUAGGAAAGAACCAGUGGGGUCUCCUAGCUAAGAAGACAGUGCGUGUGCAGAAGAAAGCAGAAAGACGCAGAAGAGAAGCAAAGAGCACAACAGUAGCACUGGGCAGAAAGAUGAUUCUUCCGGUCUGUAAAAUAUUUUUGAUUAUUAAAAGCCAGAUGUAGACUGUUUCAACCAUU